UUCAAAUCUGAAGAUAAACCAGAGUACAGAAAAACAGUGUAAUUGUUACUUCCAUAAUUGACGUAACCAAACCGUGAAAUCCUACGCAAGCUGAGAACAAAGGCUUUAUAAAUAUAUAUAUAAAAUGAUCUCAUAAAUCGUUAGGCUGCUUCAUGGCGAGUAGCAGUUACCGUGGUGUUAGUGAACAUAACAAAACAAAUGAUUAUCAAGGCAACCGGGUAUGUUUUUCCCUUAUUUUACAAUUCAUCUGAAAUCUUUGUUGAGUAUCAAGGGAUGUAAAAUAAAAUUUCCAGUUCAAACAAACUGGUUAGGUGAAUAUAGCAUUAGCAGCAAUAACAGUAUAAAUGAGUUCCCAAACUCAUAUUACAAAGACAACUCAACUAAGCAAUGCUAUUAUAGCAUUGGAGAGAAUGCUAUUCGUGGUCAAUUAUGGUCUGCUAUGGAUCAGCAAGGAUGCUCAACAGAUUCGAAAACAUAUGCUUGUCUGUUACAAGAUUGCGUUAAGAAGAGAGCAUUGGCAGAGGGAAAGAGAAUCCAUGCCCACAUGAUACAGACAGGAUAUAAGUUGGGUAUGUUUGUAUGUAACGAUCUGCUCAACAUGUAUGCCAAAUGUGGUUGUUUGAAAGAUGCUUGCUAUCUGUUUGACAGAAUGCCUGAGGCAGACACGGUCUCAUGGAAUGCCCUGAUUUCAGGUUAUGCACACCACGGAUCCAACCAGCAGGUUCUGAAGCUUUUUCGCAAGAUGCAGAAAGCGGGUAUGAAACCUGAUAGUUUCACUUUCACUAGCAUUCUGAGCUCUUGUGCGUAUCUUGGAGACCUAGAUAAGGGGCAACAACUGCACACCCAUGUCAUUAAAUUUGGAUUCGAGUCACAAAUUUUUGUAGAGAAUGCACUCGUCGAUAUGUAUGCUAAAUGUGGGAAAAUUGAAUCUGCUCACCAAUUGUUUCUUGAAAUCCCCAAUAAGGACGAUGUUUCUUGGAAUGUAUUGAUUACAGGAUAUGCCCAGUUUGGAUUGGGUGAGGAAGCUCUAAAUCUGUUUUGUCAAAUGCGAAGAAUGGGAUUUAAAAUGGGAUAUUUCACAUUUGGCAGUGUUCUCAAGGCAUGUGGGAGUGUCAUGCUUCUUGGGCAGGGUAAACAGGUCCAUGCUUGCAUUGUGAAAACUGGAUAUGAGUCGAAUUCCCAUGUGAGAAGUGCCAUUGUCGACAUGUAUUGCAAAUGUGGAAGAAUGGAAGAUGCUCAGCAAUUGUUUGACGAAGUCCCUGAGCAAGAGGAAGUAUCGUGGAAUGCAUUGAUAUCAGGAUAUGCUCAGAAUGGCUAUAGUGAAGAAACCCUGAAACUCUUUUAUCAAAUGCAAUGGGCAGGUCCAAAGGCAUGUCACUUCACAUUUGGUAGCGUUCUGAAGGCAUGUGGCAAUCUAGCAGUUCAGAAACAAGGAAAGCAGAUUCAUACAUGUAUCAUUAAAGCUGGAUUUGAAUCUGACAUUUUAGUGGGGAGUGCAAUUCUUGACAUGUAUGCGAAGUGUGGGAGCGUAGAAGAUGCACGAGCUAUGUUUUACAAAAUGCCAGAUAGAAAUUUAGUCACAUGGAAUACAAUUAUUGCAGGCCUUUGUCAAACUGUGGGCAACGAGGAAUCCCCGAAAUACAACUUGGAGGCAUUGAAACUUUUCUAUGAAAUGCUUUGGGCAGACAUGAAGCCAAAUCACUUCACUCUCUCUAGUACUCUCAUAGCAUGUUCAAACUUAACUGCUAUAGAACACGGCCGGCAACUCCAUGUUUACACAAUAAAAAAUAACUUUGAGGUAGAAGAAUUUGUAGGAACUUCUCUGGUUGGAAUGUACGCUAAAUGUGGAGCCAUAGAUGACGCAUAUAAAUGCUUUGAAAAAUUGCUAAAAUGCGAUAUUGUCUCAUGGAAUGCGAUGGUUGCAGGUUAUGCUCAGAAUGGGCACAGUGAACAAGCAUUGAAACUAUUUCAGCAAGCGCUAAGGGAAGGCAUAAAAUCAGAUGAGAUAACAUUUAACAUUAUUCUUAGUGUAUCUGCUAACAUAGCAGCUUUAGAACAGGGCAAGCAGGUCCACACAUACACUAUUAAAACUGGAUUCGAACCACGGGUAGUUGUUGGAAAUGCUCUUGUUGGCAUGUAUGCCAAGUGUGGAAGCAUUGAUGAUGCAUGCAAAAUGUUUGAAAUAAUGCCUCUGCGAGAUGCAUGCUCAUGGACAGCACUGAUUUUAGGGUAUGCUCGGCAUGGAUAUGGUAGAGAAGCUCUCCAAAUUUUUGAGCAAAUGCAACAAAAUGGAAUGAAACCAAAUGAAAUAACCUUUCUUGGUGUUCUAUCUGCUUGCAGCCAUGCAGGCUUAGUGAAUGAAGGCUGUUACUACUUUGAUUCCAUGAGUAGAGAUCAUGACAUCUCACCAAGAGCUGAUCACUGUGCUUGCGUUGUUGACCUUCUUGGCCGUGCUGGACGCCUGAAUGAGGCAGAGCUCUUCAUCAAGAAAAUGAAAUUAAAAUCUGAUGCUGUGGCAUGGCGUGCCUUGCUCAGUGCAUGCAAAAUUCAUGGUAAUGUUGUUAUAGGUAAACGUGCUGCGGAACAUAUUCUCGAGUUGGAGCCAAAUGAUGCCUCAGCAUAUGUUCUGCUUUCAAAGAUACAUUUAUCGGAUGGUAAUUCAGAUGAGGCAAUAACAUUAAGAAAUAUGAUGAAGGGGAAGGGGGUGAAAAAAGAACCUGGAUUGAGUUGGAUUGAAAUCAACAGAAAAGUUCAUUAUUUUGCAGUACGAGACAGAUCGCACCCACAAACAGAGAAUAUAUAUGCAAAACUAGAUGAAUUAUUACUGAAAAUGAAAGGAGCAGGGUAUGUGCCAGACACAAAUUGUGUGAUAGAUGACAUGGAGUAUGAGUAGAAACGUUUCUCUCCCAUCAAUUAAAUCCACCAAUCAAAUUGAGGUUGGUCAACCCUCACCUUUGACUUCUAUGCUUUACUGCCUUUGAUAAUUUGAAUGGAUAAUAGAAAUUGAUGAACAAUGUGUUAGAAUAGAUCAUGAUAUAUGUAGCAAUUUAAGGGAAAUCCAACUUUUGUUUUGGUGGAAUUUUUAUGAAUUUCUGAGACAUGCUUAAGUAA